AUGCCGAGCGCCACGGGUGAGAACUGGGAGAAGUACAGCAAGAACUACGCCGACGAUGAAGAACCAGAGAAGAAGAUCACUCCUUUGACUGAUGAGGACAUCCAGGUGCUUAAGACGUACGGCGCCGCUCCCUACGCCAACGCCCUGAAGAAGCUCGAAAAGCAAAUAAAGGAAAGACAAGCGAGUGUAAACGAGAAGAUUGGCGUCAAGGAAUCCGACACCGGUCUCGCUCCGCCACACCUGUGGGAUGUUGCGGCCGAUCGACAGCGCAUGGCAGAAGAACAGCCGCUGCAGGUGGCUCGUUGUACGAAGAUCAUCCAGGACGAGAAGGACUCCGAUAAGAGCAAAUAUGUCAUCAACGUCAAGCAGAUCGCCAAGUUCGUCGUCAAUCUAGGGGAACGCGUGAGCCCGACAGAUAUCGAAGAGGGCAUGCGAGUUGGUGUCGACCGGAAUAAGUACCAGAUCAUGUUGCCCCUUCCUCCGAAGAUCGACCCCAGUGUGACGAUGAUGACGGUCGAAGACAAGCCCGACGUGACCUAUGGUGAUGUUGGUGGAUGCAAAGAGCAGAUCGAGAAGCUGCGAGAAGUCGUCGAGAUGCCUCUCUUGUCCCCGGAACGGUUCGUCAACCUCGGUAUCGACCCGCCCAAGGGUGCUCUGCUAUACGGACCCCCCGGUACGGGUAAGACGCUCUGUGCUCGAGCCGUGGCCAACCGAACCGAUGCAACUUUCAUCCGUGUCAUCGGUAGUGAACUGGUGCAGAAGUACGUUGGUGAGGGUGCCCGGAUGGUGCGCGAGCUGUUCGAGAUGGCCCGCACCAAGAAGGCGUGCAUUAUCUUCUUUGACGAAAUCGACGCCGUCGGUGGAGCCCGUUUUGAUGACGGAGCGGGUGGUGACAACGAAGUGCAGCGUACUAUGCUGGAACUGAUCACGCAAUUGGAUGGAUUCGAUGCCCGUGGUAACAUCAAGGUGAUGUUCGCGACCAACCGACCCUCCACCCUGGAUCCGGCUUUGAUGCGUCCUGGACGUAUUGAUCGGAAGAUCGAGUUUUCUCUGCCGGAUGUGGAGGGCCGUGCGAACAUUCUCCGCAUUCACGCUAAGAGCAUGUCGGUGGAGCGCGACAUUCGGUGGGAGUUGAUCUCUCGCCUGUGCCCGAACGCUACGGGAGCAGAGCUUCGGAGUGUUGCAACGGAAGCCGGCAUGUUUGCCAUCCGGGCACGACGCAAGGUGGCGACAGAGAAGGACUUUUUGGCGGCCGUGGACAAGGUGAUCAAGGGCAACCUGAAGUUCAACUCGACGGCGACGUAUAUGCAGUACAACUAG